AUGAAUAUGUUGAAGAUAUGCCUCUUGGACCCCACCUCAAUGUUCCUGCUGAUCACCCUGCUAUUCCUUGUGAUUUUCUACAUCAAAGGGUCCAACAAAAGAUCUUCAUUCAAAGUUCCUCCUUCUCCAACUCCUCUUCCAUUGAUUGGGAACCUGCACCAGCUGGGCAUGGGGAAUCUUCACAGAUCAUUGAUGAGGCUUGCAGAAAAAUAUGGCAACUUGUAUAAUAUUCGUUUUGGAUAUCAGAAAUUAACAAUCCUGACUGGUUAUGGGGCAACAAAGGAUGCAUUGAUUGACCAGGCCAAUACAUUCAUUGAAAGAUUUGUUACACCAAUCAAUGAAGCAGGCAGUGAAAAACUCGGUAUAAUUUUCUCAGAAGGUGAAUUGUGGAGACAAAUGCGCAGAUUCACAUUAACAACUCUCCGUGAUUUUGGAAUGGGCAAGAAAUCAAUUGAAGAGAAAAUCAUUGAAGAAGUGGGAUUCCUGGUCAAUGUAUUCAAAUCUUACAAUGUGCUUCUGGUUCAGGAAUUCCUUACGCUUGUGACUCAGCAGCUCCUGGAUCUCCUGGUCGUUCUCGUCAAACCAGUCUUGAUUUUUCCUGGUGGAGAAACCAAGAGUAUCCUUGCAGGUCAGCCUAUCCAACCUCAAAAUACUCUGGACACAGCCACUGCUAAUAUCAUUGCUGUACUGUUGUUUCAACAACGCUUUGAUUAUGAAGAUGAAUCCCUCAGGAGAUUCUUAACAAUUUUGCACCAAAUACAAAAGGACAAAUCAAGUCCAAUGGUUGAGAUGAUUAAUGCACUACCCUUUCUGAAAUUUCUACCUGGACGCCACAAGAGAGUCAUGGAUCAAACAAAGGAAUUGAUGGCAUUUUUGAUUCCUACAAUUGCAAAGAUUCGUAAGCAGCUGAAUGAAAAUGAUGUGACAAACUACACUGAGGCAUUUCUGGUCAAACAGAAAGAGGAAGCAGGGAAUCCGGAUUCCUUUUUCCAUGACAAAAGUAUGUUCAGAUUGAUCACUGAACUGUUUGCUGCUGGAACAGAAACCACGUCCACCACCCUUCGCUGGGGUCUGCUCCUCAUGAUGAAAUACCCAGAGAUUCAGAAGAGAGUGCAGGAAGAAAUUGAUCGGGAGAUUGGAACCGAGCGUCCCCCCAGAAUGGAAGAUCAGCAAAGGUUGCCCUACACCAAAGCUGUGAUAUAUGAGAUUAUGAGGUUUGCCAGUGUCAUUACAAUGAUUACUCGUGAAAAUAUCGCUGACACACACCUCAGGGGAUAUUUUAUUCCCAAGAGAAGUCACAUCAUAAUUGUGCUUUUGUCAGUGCUACGGGAUAAAACUUACUGGGAGAAGCCGGAUGAAUUCAACCCGUCCCACUUUCUGAACUCUGAGGGGAGACUUGUUAAGAGAGAGGCUUUCCUGCCUUUCGGUGCAGGCUCUAGGGUUUGUGCUGGACAGAGUCUGGCCAAGAUGGAGCUCUUCCUGUUUUUCACAACUAUGCUGCAGAAGCUUAAGUUCCAGGCACCAGCGGAUGUGACAGACCUGGACCUCACGCCUAUUCAUGGACAAAUAUGUUUUCCCAAACCCUAUAAGCUCUGUGCUAUAUCCCGGGAAUAGGAAGUCCAGCAAACGAUUAGACCGCUCCGAUAUUGUACAUCCGGGAACAGUCCUCCUGAAGAUAAUUGCUUCCAUAUAAUUAGAGCUCAUUUAGUGCUAUGAGACCAAGAGAUUUCUACAUCUAAAUGUUUCAGUCCUUUGCAGGAUAGGAUGUGAGGAAACAACCAUCAUAUGUCCCUCUGGAUACUGUAAAACCUGAUCUCAUGCCAUUGGGAGAUUUACAUUCAACUAAUGAGGCUGCAAUCAUCCCGACAUUUAAAGAAAUGGUUUUAUAUCU